AUGGCGCCCAAGAAUGCUUCGCGAUGCACACCGAGCUUUGAGGCACUUGCAAGCUUGGCCAGGACGUUGUGUGAGGAGCAGAAUAAGGAAGCGGCUCCUAGUCGCACCAGCGCACCAAAGUCCAAGCCAGUGAAGAAGGAUCCUCCUCCAAGGAGGGUGACUGGGAAGGGGCCUGGUGAUGCUUCUUCGGCUGCCGGAAAGCUUCAGAGGGGCAAAUCGAAAGUGAUCUCAAUGGAAGAGUUGAUCGCUGCUGGUGAGUUUGAUCCCUCGAACUUGCCUUUCCAGCUGACUUGGAAGAAUUUCAACAAGCUGAAGGCUCACCUACAGCUCACAGAGCAGGAAACAACGUCGAUUCUGCUGGCCAUGGUUGGCCCUUCACCGGAAGGCAAAGCGUUCUGGCAGAAGUACAAGGUUGAGAACAAGAAGAGUCCAGAAGAGACUGCUGUGGAGCCCAAAGCUGAGGUGGAAGACUCGUCCAAGAAACGAGCUGUUGUUGGUGGGGAGACUGCCAGCAAAGCAGACCCUCCUCAGCAGAAACGCUUGAGGAGGAUGGAGCAUGUGGAGGUCGACGAUGCGCCGCCAGGUGAUGUCACGAUUGACUUGGGAUACAGCAGCGGGACCGAGUUCGGUGACGACAGUUUGGACGGUGAAGAAGAAGAUGAUGAUGAUGCUAUGGCACUGCUAUGGGAUGCUGCUGCUGCUUUGGUCGAGCCAACCCAGCCGGUGGAGCCAACCAAGAAGCCGAUUGAUGAGGCUGGCGAGUUGGCUAAGGAUCAGCUGCAAAAGAGCCUGUUGAAGGCCAAUGAUGGCUCUGACUCAGCAGAGCUUGCUGCUGCGAAGAGGGGUGAAGCAGCGGCCUCAAGGCCUGCUCAAGCUGCAGCUCAGCCGGCCGCUUUGCAAGUGUCUAAGGGCACAGAGGCAGUUCCUCCUGAACCCAAGCCAGAAGAGCCCGAGCCAGCAGAGCCAGCAGAGCCCGCAGAGGCCGCAGAGCCUGGAGCAGAGGUGGACGUUGUUGAUCCACUAUUGACUGGAGUGGUGAACAGCUCCACACAUCGGAAGGAACAUGCCAGGCUUGCCCGUCGAAUGGCGAACGUUGACGCAGCCAAGUUCCCAGAGAUGUCUCGGCUCUGGGCUGGCAACCGGGUUUCCGUGCGCCCUUUGGAGGAGAAAAGUGACCUUCUGAGAUCUUGGAUUGCCAGCAAGGAGAACAUGGACGCCACAGAGUGCAGCCUAAUUGUGAGCAAGAAGCAAGCUUCCGAGGUGGAAACUGGCCGUGAGCUUCUGACCAUCCGUGAGAUGGUGGCGAAAGGGUUCAGUGAGACCAAGAUCACGGCGAUCUUGAAGAAGAAUGAGCCUGUGCCGGAUGCAGACGCUCCUGAUGACCCAGAAUCCACUCGAUUCUGGUGCUUUGUUGGUGGAAAGUACACCGACAAGGAGACAUGCACUGUGGAGGGCGUGGCGAAUGUCAGUGUGAAGCCGCAUGCAGCAGGGGUUGCUGCUCUGAUGGAUUCCAGCACCAUGCCCUUGCUCAGUGCCUCAAAGCCUGCCUCAGGCGCAGGGAUCUCCAUCAGAUCUUUGGCUGGUAUCGUUGACAAGGCUACGGAGAGCCAGACUGGUGGCGGCGGUGGCGGUGGCAAUGGAAAGAACGGCAAGGUCAAGAAGACCAAGAAGGCCGCCGCCAAGGAAGUGCCCCAGACUGCCAAGGACAAGCGAGAUACCGCGCGCAAGGAGCUCAAGAAGGAGAUGAACAACUGCAACGUGAUCUUCGAGCUUCCCAAGGACCAUGAGCUCCGUGCUGUGGUCAAUGCUCACAAGCGCACUUUGGAAUCGUUUAGCUUCAGCGGCAAUGCCAUCCCUCAAGGAAAGGUAUCCGCGCUGAUAUCUGAAGGAUAUCUCGAAGCUCUGGUGGAUGAUGUGAGGGAGCUGCCUCGCUACUGGCGUGGUGAUGAGAUAAACGCAUUGAACGAUAGCUGGAUGUAUGUAAUUUGGACCUCGGAUGCAUCUCCGUUUUUGACCAACUCCAUGUCCUCCAGAUUCCCCAUAGCUGUCCUACCUGCAGCUCGCUACGCGAUCUCUGACCAGGGAAUCAACUUGACCCUGGAUGCGUUGACUACCCAAAUAGUGGCCUCAUUCAACCGAUUGGCAAACACUGGAGUCAAAAUUCGGGAUGCGACGUCUUUGCACCGUCGCACUGUAUCCAAGCUCUGGUUUUACGUCUGUGGCUUUCGUGGAGACUGGAAAGCGAUGCGAGAAGCCUUUCAUUUCACGAGGGACUAUUCCCGAGAUGAGAUAUGCUGGCUUUGCUUGGCCAGAAAGGGCAACGAGAGUGACAUGACCUAUGCUUUUUGCAAUGCAUCUGAGCAUGCUGACUUUUGGUCUACAUACAUGGUGGCUGACCCUUGGGCAAUUUCACCCCCCUAUGCGCAACUAGUUGGGUUUUCCACGGAUCAAAUUAUGCCUGACUUGUUACACGUGGUGAAUCUAGGGGUUGGAAGAGACCUCCUCGGGAGCAUCCUUCACAUCUUGAUCAAGGGCAACCAUGCUUUUGUUGCAUCGAACAUUGACGAGCGGCUAGCUGCAGCAACGGUUUCCUUGCGUGCGUUUGCCAAGUCACAUGCUCUACCACUCCGUCUUAAGAAGCUGACGCGAAAAAAAUUGAAUUGGGGUACUGAGAAAUAUGCUGAACUUCGUUUGGGGUCGGGGUACGACAACUAUGUUGUGUCUCUUUGGCUGGAAGCGACCCUGGAACCUCACAGUGGUGAAUUUCCGAAGUUUUGCAGCCUGCUUUGGUCGCUCAAUACAGCGUUGCAUGUUUUGUAUACAGCAGGGUGGUUUCUAUCUCAAGAACAGCUGCUCCAAGUCCGAACUCUGUGGUCUGUGUUCGUACGAGUGUACCUGGGCCUAGCCUCAGAAGCAAUCGCUGCAAAUAAUUGGGUUUGGCGUAUGAGGCCAAAGUUCCAUUUGCUCCACCACGUCUUCUUUUCAAGGCGUUGUGUAAACAGUGGCGAAUUUGCCAUUUGGAUGGAUGAAGAUUAUUUAAAGAAGGCGUCUCGCACGUUACGUGUAACAAGUUUGUCGACUGCCCAAGGCAGGUUCUUGGAACGCUGGUUGCUCGCUCUACCUGAGAGCUUACGCAAGAGCAUGGGUCACUAG